UUGUCGGCCACUGAAGAAGGCUGAUGUUUCUAUUGGUUGGCUGCUUCGGGCUUUUCCGCUGUUUCCGCUUGGCUUUAAUAGGAACCGUUUAACUACCGAACUGAACCGUAUUUUAACUGUUGAUCGCUUCAUUACGCGCUAUAUAUGCGUCUGGAUUUCAUAUAGGCUACAAUGGGCUUUUAAACUUCUACGCUACACUGGAGAGAAAAGGUGGAUCCUUCUGGUGAGAAGCUUCAGGAAUAACUAUAAACACAGGCGAUAUAUACUGGACAAAUUCAGAUUUAUGCACCACACAAUCUAAGUGUUGAAUUAAGUUCAAGAGAACAGCAUGAACACUGUAAGAGUUUAUCUAUCUGAGAACAAAUGGGGGUUUUGGUGUGUUCCUGUGGCUUUGGGAAUUGACUGAGCUUUAUCAGACACUUUGUCUCUAAUGGAGCAGAGGAACUAUGGAACACGUAAGAGCAGGAUCCCAGCUUUUAUUCGCAGUGACUACACAAGUCAUCUCAAACAGGAAACCUGUGACACAUCAAAGUCACUGCGUGGCCAGGACGCUAAGGACUUCAACAGAGAGGGUGGUGCUAGCAGAAAAACUGUUACCAUGGCACCUACUUCUAGGUACAUGACAGGCAGGAGCUUGUACAUGGCCCGAAAGCCACUGAUCUCAACAGAGCACCAGAUUUCAAUCCUAAAGAAUCCUCUCACACAUGAGUACUCAGAAAGGGGCCAGUUGAGUAAUUCUGAAAAUCGUCAAUCACAAGAAGGGACAGGUUCUAACAUUUUGGAUAACACAAGUGAUCCCCAGAUCACUGCUUCUUCUCUUUCAUCAACCAGGGAAGAAAUGUGUGCUUCCUUGAAUUUGUCAGAGCUCAGGCUAUGUUCUUCUCAUGGGGAACCUAAUUUCAGCCCUGUUCAUUCAGAAAAUAUAGUUGAAAGUAGAAGCCUUUGUAGUUCCCCUUUAGAUGAUUUGAGCCUUACAGCCUCAUUAAGUCCAAAGUGGACUUCCACCCAGCGUUGUUUACCACAUUUAUACAAUUCCCAAACUUGUAUAUCUAAAAGUACAAACACAAGAGCAUACAAGAAAGAGAGACAUUCCCUUCUUGACACUGGCUUCUCAGUGAGUAACAGCAAGAGAUACUUAUCUGAGCCUAAACAAAUGUCCCACUAUCAAAACAAUUACUGGGCCUGUGCUAUCCCCAGUACCUUACCACCUUCUCCAGACCGUAGGUCUCCCAGCUGGGACCCUGACAAGGAGUAUCUGACCCUCCUGGAUUAUACAUACCCUCUAAGGCCCAACAGGACAAAUGCCUGGAGUUCAAACAAACACAGGUUGCAAACUGAUCAACCUUUACAAGACUCUGGCAUUGAAGUGGACAGUUUUCUAAGUUCUUCUAGUCUUUCUUUUUUGGACCAGCCUCUUUCUGGAAUUAGACAAGGCAGAUCUGAUCAAACUUAUAAUCAAACAUUUGGAUUUCAGUGUCCAAAUCCGAAGAAAUUGGCAGAUUCCAAGUCGACAGGUAUCAGGGCAUCUAGAAGUAUGAAUUCCUUAAUAGAGCAGGUGGGUUUAUCAUUGGAAAGUCUGGAUUGUGAGAAAGACAACUUUCAUUAUAAGAAUUCUGGCAUCAUUCCUGCAUCCAGGUCAGCCCCAACCUUUAUCAGGUCCACAAGCAUCUUACCCCAUGUGGGGUCUCUCGGUGAGUGGGAUGAGGAGUUUCUCCAGUUGCCUGAACAGCUACAGGAGAUUCAAGAUCUUUCUCAGAAACUAAAAGACAUUACAACACAGAUAAGUCAACCAGUCACCAAAAACUGGGAGCCUCUGAAGAGGGAGAGUGCUUCGUCAUUAGUACAGGUGGAUAAACUGGCAGCUGAGGCCACUUGUGUGCAAGGGUCUACUGAAGAUGUUCCUCUCACAGUGCAGGUGGAAGGACUGGAUUCUAGAGUACAGGCAGCCAGCCAUCAGGUGACUGAUGUGGAAGCCAUUGUAGAUCAGCGGAGUGGAAUGUAUUCAUACGAGUUAAAGAGGAAGAUGGAGACUGAUGACGGGGUGGAAGAGACCCAGGUUUCCCUCUUGCAGCACUUACAACUGUUCUGCUCAAAUUUACAAAAACUGACUCAAUGGUUGCACAAGGUGGUACAGAAGAUGGAUGUCCUUUCCCCUCCUUCAGUCGACAUUGAGAGUGUUAAAACCUCUCUAGCUGACUAUAAGAGUUUUCAGGAGGAAGUACAAGCCCACAGGCCACUUACAACAUCUGUCCUCCAGACUGGAGAGAUUCUUUUGUGCUGUAUGAACUCAGCCUCUCCCUUUCUGAAGGAUACACUGAUGCUUAUAGAGAGGCAGUCCCAUGUGUUGGAGACUCAUUCAGAUCACCUUUUCAACUCAAUCUUAUCCACCAUGGACUGUCUCACUGAACCAGACUCUCAGGACAACACAGAAGAGACAUCAUUCAGCAGUCAGGAUCAGUAGAGUACAAUGUACUAGUGUGCUCAGUUACAUGUCUUUCAGGACUUUUACAUACAGGUGCUACAGUUGUGUAAGAAAUCUGAAGCAAAGCCGUAAUUCGAGGUUGAUGAUCUAUUUAAUUCUGGUCAGUUACAGUAUUGGUUAAUAACAGAUCACUAUUUGUAUCAUGCUUUGACAUUUACAUUUAUGGUUAUGUUGUGCAUUACUUUUAAACUUUAUGUAAUUCUGUUAUGCUAUACUUGUAAAGACACUUGUAUUGCAUGUCAACCACAGAUGCACUUUUAAUUUUGCACAUUCACUUUGGACAUGUUCAGUUACAUGUACUGUAUGUUGCUGUUAUAGUGCUAAAAAGGUCACUUAGCGUCAUAAUAGUAUUAUUUUGCAACACUGUUACAGUGAAAUGCUCUUGUGUCCUGGCAGACAACAUGAUCUCAGGUUAUUAGGGCUAUUCAUUAAGUUUUAAUAAGAGCUUACUGAUCCUCAAUAGCAGCCCUGCAGCUUUAAUUUCUAUCUGAGCAGGUUACACAGUACACUUCUGUCCAGGCUGCACAGUGUAUGCCUUAUUAAGCACCAUGAUUUAAGCCCUAUAUACUGUUAUGUAUAGUAAAAAAGAAACUGCAGUAAGGUUUUCAAACACUCCAUGUUCAAAUAAAGAAUCUAUUUUUGGAUUAUAAA